CAUCGACACGACGUGUUUUCUCCUCCUCCAUUAGCCCGCCUCGUUUCCUUCCAUCUUCGGCUUUGACUCGCUGGCCCAUUUGACGGACGCGACGGUGUAACGCACAAGUCCCGCUCUUUGAGGUUGGGGAAGCAAAAAAAGACGACGACGUUUGAGACCAAUUCGACCGAAACGGGACAUUUGCUGCCACUUUUUUCCGUCGUCGUCUUCGAGCACGCAGUAUGGAUCCAAUGACUCAGUCUGCCCAGAUAUCCUCGUCGCAGGGGCUCGCCGAUGGACAAAAUUCAGCUUUGAAAGAACCGAGGCCCUCCGAUUCCUUUCUUUCCUCCUCGCCUGUAGCUCUCAUUCAGUCGUCACAAGACGUAAAGACGGUCCUGGGUUCCAGCAGGCCUAGGGAAGGGGUCGCAACGACCCUUCGCUUUUCUUCUCAGCCGGGCUCGAUUUCGCCCGAUCAUUAUGGAGGCGAGGCGGAGUCCGAGUCUCUCAUAAAGAUGUCUCCGGUUUCUGAGCGCAUCAAGGCUCUGGAAGCGCUCGUCGCCAAAAAGGAGAUGGAUUUUAGAAACGACUGUUCCUCGCAUCACAAAGUUCGCCACCAUGACAAAUCUCCCUCUGACGUCGCGAAACCUCACAAGCGUUGCGUGGAGGAAAACACGCCGACGGUUCCGACGAAAAGAGGCUCUCCUGAUCAGGAAUCGCCUGAAUCGCCCUUUGAGGUACUGGGAGAGUUGCGACAAAUUGAGUUUGAAGAAACGGAAGCUUGGAUGAAAGCUCACCGACCGCCGGUGCCAGACUUGCAUGCCGCGGGCUUCGUUAAAGGCGCUGGUUCUUCCGAAUUUAACCCGACCUUGGAAAAUCCUGCUUUCGCGACACCUUCUGGCCUCCCCGAUGCUUUCGUGGACUCGUCACAUGAUCCUCCAAAACUGAAGGAGCCGCAGGAAGGGACCUGCGCUGGGCAGGCAGACUUUGAUCAUAACUUUCUGCCAACAGCCGACAUGUGGGCUCAGCAGGACAAUUGUGGUGUUCAAGUUUCGCCGGAGCUUGAUUCGGCGCAACCAGCUUUACCUCUGCCUCUUUCCGGCUUUGAGUCGCCAUGUCCUCCAGACGAGGGCAUUUUGGAUGCUCCCGAUGACAAGAGGACCACUUGGACUGGCGAUCUGGAGCCUGUAGAGGCCAGGGAAGUAGAUAGUUCAGGGGAGUCUGAUGAAACAGUUAUUGAAGAUGAUUUCACUCCUGACAUCCCCUCUCCAAAAUCAGAACCACCAUUGGAUGACAUCAUCUCUUCUCCUGCCGUCUCCUUCCCCGAUGCAGAAAGGGUGACGCCGCCGGUUAGAUCAGAAAGAAAGCUCAUGCAGGUCCCCACCAUUAAUGUCAUAGAAACCGAAGAGCCGAACUGCAGUGAUGAUGAGAUGGAGAUUGAAUUUGAGGAAGAAGACGAGGAGGUUGUCAACGAGGGACCAAAAACUGCAGACUCUGCGCCAGAGGAUGGUCAUGAAGCACCUAACAGAAGACCUGUUGAAACGGAAUUCAUUGAAGGCUAUUCUCCUCCUUCCUCUCCCGUCGAAUCUGAUGAUGAACGCAACCCUCCGGAAAAGAUCCUCAGUCCUCAACCAGAUGCAUUCUUAGAGAAGGUAGAACCGAAUGAGUCUGGAUUUGACUUAUUCCCAGAGCAACCUGAACAAUCAAAAACUGCUCCCUGUUCUUUGAUAGACGGAAGCAAAGACAUUCACACACCCGGCAAUGAGGAAGAGUGGUCAGAUGAAGCUCGACAAAAUAUUGCUGGACAAGACCAAGCUGAUGUUGAUCCUGCCCGGUGCGCACCCCAAUGCGAAAAGGACUUGGCUGUCUUCUCGAGAACUAGUUUUAUGCGAGGCGAUACUUAUGAGGGGCAGUCGUUUGAGUACGACGAGUCGUCGUCUCCCUUCUGCGAGAACGAGCUCAUGACAAAAGGAGCCAAAGACGACUUUCUUUCAGGCUCUGCUCAAAUCGAUACUCCAACGCAGGACGCCUUGCCGAACCGUGACAAAGCGAACGCGUCUGCCGGCCGUCAUUUCGCCGGCGACCCGUCUGACGUUUCAGAUGCGACGGUCCCAGAGAACAUCUCCGCCUCUGAGCCCGUCGAUAGUUUUGUGGAGUUCAUGAGAGAGUGUCUCAAAUCGAGGGAGGGCGAAGAACCGGAUGACUCUCAAAGCGUUCCCUCCGAUGACGAGGACGGUCUGCAGUCAACUCCAAUUGUGUCGAUGGAUAUGGAAGAGGAGCAACCGACAAUCAGUCCUCCCAAACAGUUGGGCAGCAGUCAAGUGGCCGAAGAAGAAACACCCCCUCCUCGAUCCAAGACUCCAGAAAAUGAGAACGCCGCUUGUAUCCAGCAGGCUUCUGUUACCCCGCUGACAAGCGUGCCGUGUUCGCAAAGCAACAUACUUGGCACCGACUGCACUUAUUCUGAAGCGGUAGAUGCCGUUGACCUGUGGGUGGCGGAGGCCUCUCAUCUUGCCGAGCAUGUCUUGAUGGCAAUACUAACCCACGUAUCAGUCAAGGAUCUGAUUCACUGGCGGGACCCCAAGAAGUCGGGCUUGGUGUUCGGCCUGUCCAUGCUGGUGCUGCUGUCGCUGGCCGCCUUCAGCGUCAUCAGCGUGGUCUCCUACCUGCUCCUGGCGCUGCUCUGCGUCACCAUCACCUUCCGCAUCUACAAGUCGGUCGUCCAGGCCGUGCAGAAGUCCAGCGACGGCCAUCCCUUCAAAUCGCUGAUAGAUAAGGAUGUCAGCAUUCCCCCCGAGACCUUCCGCAAGCACGUGGACACCAGCCUGGCCUACAUUAACCGAGCCCUGAAGCAGAUGAGCCGCCUCUUCCUGGUCGAGGACCUCGUGGACUCCCUAAAGUUGGCCGUGGUCAUGUGGCUGCUGACCUACGUGGGCGCCGUCUUUAAUGGCAUCACCAUCCUCAUCCUCGCGGACAUCCUGCUCUUCGCCGUGCCGCCCAUCUACGAGAAGAACAAGACGCAGAUCGACCACUACGUGGACCUGGCUCGUACCCAAAUCAACACCACCAUCGCCAAGUUGCAAGAGAAACUCCCCGGCGCCGUGAAGCGCAGCAAAACCGAAUGAUCCAUUUCCAAAAACCCCAAAAUAAAACUCCUCCCACUCAUCUCGGUCAUAGGCUCCCCACGCGCCACCCGUCGACACUGAACCUUAGUAGGUAGCAACCAAAUCUCUCUUUCAUGUCAGAACUACUGCGCUAUUGUACCAGAGCGUGAACUAGACUGAAUCUCUGGCCUGGUUUCAAGGGUGCAUGCGAGCAAAAUGUCUGUACUAAAACCACACCGUUUCCCUCGUCUAAGUCAGGAAGACAUUUGAAAAAGUGCAUCGAUGAAUACUAACCUUUUCCUCGGCGUUAUUCUCGUCGCUAUGCAUUAAUUGUCUUUUUUUUUUUUUUUUUUUUGGUGUAGAAGUGAUUUUGCUUGUCGUUCACGUGUGUUUUUGCACUGCUCUUUUAUUUUGAAAACGCCGGCGAGCGGGGGCUGGAUUGACAACAAUAAACGCUUUUGCAACACUCA